UAAACGCCCACAAUCACUGAAAAAUGAAGGGGGAUUUCCACAACAGUACUUAGACCAUAACUCAUAUUUCACUGCAAAAGGCAACGUGGGAAAUUUCGGACAAAUUGUGAUUUUAGAUUACAUUUAUUUAUUUUUUUAUUUUUUUAAAAUCCGAAAUAAAAUACCAACUUCAAUUAAGUUUUUACUGAAAGCUUUGUAUGUCAGCAAUAUGAACAAAGUUCUUCCGCUAUUUCUGCUUCUACUUCCAAUAAUUGCUUCAAAAGGCUCUCACUCUUUAUGGUUCAUUGCAACAUACAUUAAAGGACAAACGCCAUUUCCUGAAUUUAGCUAUGUAGCGAUGCUGGAUGAUGUCAGAGUUCUGUAUUAUAACGGUGAGACGAAAACUCUCCAUCCAAGAGGAAAUACAACAACUGAAGACAUGUUUGAUUCAGAGUUCCUUACAAUAAGUGAUGUCAUACAUGCAGAUUUAAAACUUACCAGAUGGAUAGUAGCAAGAACAAACUUAAAUGAAACUGAUCGUGUUGUUACCCUUCAGAGGCUGGUUGGAUGUGAGUUGAGGGAUGAUGGUGAACCGGGACAAAUGAUCACACGAGAUGCUGUCAGAGGAUCAACCACUGAUGAGCUGCUAUAUGUUGACAAUAAUUUUACAUAUCAGGGAACUUUAGAUGUCCCGGCCCCUGUGCUAAAAACACAUCUUGAAAUCGGCAAGAAGAAACAUGAAUAUUUAUACCGCCCAUACUGCAUCAAAACACUCAAGGGUUACCUUGAAAAAAGGAAAAAUCAAGUCAAUAGAAAAGUGAAACCCAGACUCAGACUCAUUCAGAAAGCUCUCACAGAUUCUGGAGGGUCUCGUGUGAGUUGUUUGGCAACAGGAUUUUACCCUCGUCACAUCAACCUGACUCUGUUCAGAGAUGAGCAGCCUGUAGCUGAUCAUGAGAUCACUGCAGGAGAUCUGCUGCCCAAUGAUGACGGGACGUACCAGAUGAGGAAGAGUCUGGAGAUCAGUGCUGCAGACAAACACACAUACACCUGCUCUGUCACACACCUCAGUCUGGACAACAAACUGGACGUCACUCUAGAGUUUGAACAUGGGGAACCAUUUAAAUCAGUGCUUCCAUUAGUUCUGAUAGUUUUGGCUCUGGUGUUGGUGUUUGGUGCUGCAGCGGCUAUAACUGCAAGGAAAAGACGAUGUGCAGAUUCCAUUAAAAAUGGUUAUUCUUCUGCUUCUACAUCUGAAGAAAAUAUGGACAAAAAAUCAGAACUGAGGUGCCACGACACAAAGUGACAAUCUGUAAAUUUAUUUUAGCCACAAUUUCCACUAUAAUUCACUGGUUGAGACCUAAGAGUUAAACAGUUUUAUGUAAGCCACUGUCACACAACUGAUUGACUGUCAAACUGUCAUACCUUUCUGUUCCUUGACCUAAAAGUGGAGAAGAUUUACAGAAAUGUAGAUACCCAUCAUACUUAAAUGUCAUGCUUAAAUGUCUCUAACCGUUAUUCAUGGCCUAAUGGUUAGAGAGUUGGACUUAUAACCCAAUGGCCGUGGGUUUGAGUCUUGGUUCCGGCAGGGAUUGUAGUUGGCGGGAGUGAAUGACCAGCACUCUUUUCCACCCUUUAUACGACUGAGGUGCGACCCUUGAGCAAGGCACCGAACCCCCAACUGCUCCCUGGGUGCCGCAGCAAAAACGGCUGCCCACUGCACCGGGUGUGUGUCUGUGUUUGUUCACUACUCACAGCUGUGUGUGUGCACUUGGAUGGGUGAAAUGCAGAGCAUAAAUUUGGAGUAUGGGACACCAUACUUUGCCACAGGUCAUGUCCUUUCCUUUCCUUUUUUAGUGUAAAUUAAAAUGUAAAUUUUCUUAAGAUUAAUGUUUAUGCUUUGUUCGUAGUAAGUUUAUUUUUGUUUGAUUAGGUAGACUGAACUAAAGCUAUUUAAUCUUUUUAAGUGAUGCAUAUCGUGACAUCUGGUGGAAUGAGCAUUUGUAUUACCAGAUUGCAUAAAACCUUGCAGAAUUAGCUUAUAGGCAAGGCAAGGCAGACAAGGCAAGGCAAGUUUAUUUAUAUAGCACAUUUCGUACACAAUGGUAAUUCAAAGUGCUUUACAUAAAAGAAAGUAAAAUAAUCCUGAAGAAAAAUAA